AUGUCAAGUAGUGCGAAAAGGUCGGGUGUUUGGAAAUACUUUGUGGAGGUUGAUAAAAACAAAUCUAAGUGUAAUUUGUGUGGAGUUCAACUAUCACGUGGAGGUAUGGGAAAAACUGCGACUACUUCGUCCAUGAAAAGACAUUUGCAGACUAAACAUAAGUCGGAGUAUGAAGAGGUUUUUGGUACUACAAGUAUUGCUUCAAGUAGCAAAGAAUUUGUCUCUCAGUCCAGUCAAUCACAAGUGAGUGGUUUUUUGAAGCAGCCGUCUUUAGAAGAUAUGUUAGAAAAGAAAAAGUUGUGGGAUAUUAAUGAUUCUAGAGCAAAGAGGUGCCAUUAUUUAAUCGGUGAAAUGAUCGCAGUGGAUAACGAGCCAUUUUCUAUCGUGGAAAGUCAUGUAGGGUUUCGCCGGUUUGUCAAUAAUAUUUUACCGCAGUACGAGAUACCAAGCCGAAUAUAUUUUAGCGAAAAUGUAAUUCCAGAUAUAUAUAACAAAGUGGUGAACAAUAUCAAGUCAAGAUUGGCACCGGUCAACCACAUCUCUUUUACUACAGACAUGUGGACAUGUCAAACUAACAAAACUUGUUUCCUCAGUUGUACUGCCCAUUGGUUAGAAGAAAGUUAUAUGCUUGGUCAUGCAGUGCUAGAUAUAAAGGUUUUCCCAGAGAGUCAUACGGCAGAAAACAUAAAGAAAAGCUUACUCGAUUCGGUUUCCGAUUGGAACAUACCAGCUACGAAAGUACGUGCCGUUGUACAUGACAAUGCAGCAAAUAUAACAAAAGGUGUGAAAGACGCAAACUUCCCUUCUUUUCGUUGUUUUAUUCACACUCUGCAAUUAGUAAUUAAUGACGCUAUAGACGCUAAUACUUCUGUUAAAGAAACAAUUUCUGCUGCUCGACGAAUCGUGACACAUUUCAAUCACAGUGGUUAUAACAAACUUCACGAGAUUCAAGAGGAACUUGGCCUUCCAAAAAAGAAACUACAUCAAGAUGUUAUUACCAGAUGGAACUCAACUUAUUAUUUACUGGAACGUAUUAUUGAACAGAGACGAGCUAUUUCUGUCUACUUCGCAGAAUCUCGAAAUUUGAAUUUUGAAAACUUGUCAAGCGAUCAAUGGGAAAUAGUGUUGCAGUUAAUCAUAUUAUUGAAACCUUUUGAAGAAGUGACGAAAAUAACUAGUAGCACGUAUUCUCCUAUUUCCGAUGUAAUUCCGCAUGCUGUCACAUUGAUGAGAUAUUUACGAAAAGAAGAACUGUCGGAGAAAACGUAUCAAGUUGAUGAUUUUAGAAAUGCCCUCCCGGAUAUCACGCAAAAACUAACGGAGCGCAUAGAUGACCUGAAGCAAAAAAUCGCUGCUUGGGGGAAGCGGAUUCGACGAUUUAGCGAGAGGUCAAGGCGGUUUAACCAGAAUCGUCUCUUCCAGAGUGAUCAGAAGAGGCUCUAUAAAUUAUUGGAGCGACCAGAGGUAUGUGGAGCGGGCCCAGGACCGGAUCAGGCUGACACAGUCGCAUUUUGGCGUGGCCUGUGGUCAGAGCCCGUAAACCACAGCGAGUGCCCUUGGAUGGAAGUUGUGGCGAGCCAGAGUGCAAGUGUUACGUCUAUGGACCCCGUCACCAUAACGCCUGAAGACGUGGCUGAGGCGGUCCAUAGGGCUCCGAACUGGAAAAGUCCGGGGCUCGACGGGCUGCAUCAUCACUGGCUGAAGGGGUUCGUAGUGUGUCACGCUGUGCUCGCCCGACAGUUUCAAGUGGCUCUCGAUCAGAAGUCGCUCCCGAGUCUCUUCACUACUGGGAUCACUCAUUUGGUUUCUAAAGAUCAGGAUACCACAGAGCAAAUACCGUCCCAUCACGUGUCUACCCACCAUAUAUAA